CCCCCUCCUACCGACACUUGACUCAACCUUGCAAGCAAGUGUGUGUGUGCGCGCCCCCAUCCGCCGCCCCGCUAACUUCCCUAGCGAAUAACAAAUACCCAUAAAGUCCCCGACGCGCAGCCCCCCUCCCCCACCCCGCGGGCAGCGCACUAUGCUGCUCGGGUGGGCGUCCCUGCUGCUGUGCGCGUUCCGCCUGUUCCUGGCCGCAGCCAGCCCCGGCGCGGCACCUGCCCAGGAUAAAGCCGGGCAGCCUUGGGCUGCUGCAGCAGCCGCCCAGUCCCGCCAGCGGCAGGGGGAGGCGGCGCAGGAGCGGGCAGAGCCUACCAGCCAUCCGCACCCCCUGGCACCGCAGCGCAGGAGCAGCGGGCUGGUGCAGAACAUCGACCAACUCUACUCUGGAGGCGGCAAGGUGGGCUACCUCGUCUACGCUGGUGGCCGGAGGUUCCUCUUGGAUCUGGAGCGGGAUGGUUCGGUGGGCGCCGCUGGCUUAGUGCCCUUAGAAGGCGGACCGAGCGCGCCCUGGCGCCAUCGCGGCCACUGCUUCUACAGGGGCACGGUGGACGGCAGUCCCCGUUCUUUGGCUGUCUUUGACCUCUGUGGGGGUCUCCAUGGCUUCUUCGCAGUCAAGCACGCGCGCUACACCCUGAAGCCGCUCCUGCGCGGACCCUGGGCGGAGGCAGAGGCCGGGCACUUGUACGGGGAUGGGUCCGCGCGGAUCCCGCACAUGUACACCCGGGAGGGCUUCAGCUUCGAGGCCCUUCCGCCGCGCGCCAGCUGCGAGACUCCCGCAUCCCCUGCAGGGCUCAGCGAGCGCCUCUCGGCGCACAGCAGCCCUAGCCAACGAACAGCUCUGGCCUUGCAGUUGUCUGGCCAGUCCACGCUCUUGCCCUCCGGGAACCCAGGACCGCAGACGUGGUGGCGGCGGCGUCGCCGCUCCAUCUCCAGAGCCCGCCAGGUGGAGCUGCUCCUGGUGGCUGACGCUUCCAUGGCACGGAUGUAUGGCAAAGGGUUGCAGCAUUACCUGAUGACCCUGGCCUCCAUAGCCAACAGGCUGUAUAGCCACGCCAGCAUUGAGAACCACAUCCGCCUGGCCGUGGUGAAGGUGGUGGUGUUGGGCGACAAGGACAAGAGCCUGGAGGUGAGCAAGAAUGCAGCCACCACCCUCAAGAACUUUUGCAAGUGGCAGCACCAACACAACCAACUGGGAGAUGACCAUGAGGAGCACUACGACGCGGCCAUCCUGUUUACUCGAGAGGAUUUAUGUGGGCAUCAUUCUUGUGACACCCUGGGGAUGGCAGACGUUGGGACCAUAUGUUCUCCGGAGCGCAGCUGUGCUGUGAUUGAAGACGAUGGCCUCCAUGCAGCUUUCACUGUGGCUCAUGAAAUUGGACAUCUACUUGGCCUCUCCCAUGAUGAUUCCAAAUUCUGUGAAGAGAACUUUGGUUCCACAGAAGAUAAGCGCUUGAUGUCUUCCAUCCUAACCAGCAUUGAUGCAUCCAAGCCCUGGUCCAAAUGCACCUCAGCCACCAUCACAGAAUUCCUGGAUGAUGGCCAUGGUAACUGUUUACUGGACCUACCAAGAAAGCAGAUCCUGGGCCCUGAAGAACUCCCCGGACAGACUUAUGAUGCCACCCAGCAGUGCAACCUGACUUUCGGGCCCGAGUACUCCGUGUGUCCGGGCAUGGAUGUCUGCGCUCGCCUGUGGUGUGCCGUGGUGCGCCAGGGCCAGAUGGUGUGUCUGACCAAGAAGCUGCCGGCUGUGGAAGGGACUCCGUGUGGGAAGGGGAGGAUCUGCCUACAGGGCAAAUGUGUGGAUAAAACCAAGAAAAAGUACUAUUCAACAUCAAGCCACGGCAACUGGGGGUCCUGGGGACCCUGGGGCCAGUGUUCUCGCUCCUGUGGGGGAGGAGUCCAGUUUGCCUAUCGCCACUGCAAUAAUCCUGCACCCAGAAACAGUGGCCGCUACUGCACAGGGAAGAGGGCCAUCUACCGCUCCUGCAGUGUCGCUCCCUGCCCGCCCAAUGGCAAAUCUUUUCGUCAUGAGCAGUGUGAGGCCAAAAAUGGCUAUCAAUCUGAUGCAAAAGGAGUCAAAACCUUUGUGGAAUGGGUUCCCAAGUAUGCAGGAGUCCUACCAGCAGAUGUGUGCAAAUUGACCUGCAGAGCCAAAGGCACUGGCUACUAUGUAGUCUUUUCUCCCAAGGUGACUGAUGGUACUGAAUGUAGGCCAUACAGUAAUUCCGUCUGUGUCCGGGGGAAGUGCGUGCGAACCGGCUGUGAUGGCAUCAUCGGUUCAAAGCUACAGUAUGACAAGUGUGGUGUAUGUGGAGGAGAUAACUCCAGUUGUACAAAGAUUGUUGGAACCUUCAAUAAAAAAAGUAAGGGUUACACUGACGUUGUGAGGAUCCCUGAAGGGGCAACGCACAUAAAAGUUCGACAGUUCAAAGCCAAAGACCAGACCAGAUUCACUGCCUACUUAGCCCUGAAGAAGAAAAAUGGUGAGUACCUUAUCAAUGGGAAGUACAUGAUCUCCACUUCAGAAACCAUCAUUGACAUCAAUGGGACAGUCAUGAACUACAGUGGCUGGAGCCAUCGGGAUGACUUCCUGCAUGGUAUGGGCUACUCCGCCACGAAGGAAAUUCUCAUAGUGCAGAUUCUUGCAACAGACCCAACUAAAGCAUUAGAUGUCCGUUACAGUUUUUUUGUUCCCAAGAAGUCCACUCAAAAAGAAAAUGCUGUCACCAGUCAUGGCAGCAAUAAGGUGGGGUCACAAACUCCACAGCUGCAGUGGGUGACGGGCCCCUGGCUCGCCUGUUCCAGGACCUGUGAUACAGGCUGGCACACCAGGACCGUGCAGUGCAAGGAUGAGAACCGAAAGUUAGCAAAGGGAUGUCUUCUCUCUCAGAGGCCUUCUGCAUUUAAACAAUGUUUGCUGAAGAAAUGUUAGUCUGUGGUUAUGGCCUUAUGCGCAAAGGUAACUGGAGGAUUCAUCACUAAAACAGUUGUGGUGAACAAGAGGUCUACCCGAUGCACCGGAAGUCAUGCUUCAGUGAGUGUCCUUGUCAACAGGAGUUGAAUUAUGGGCAGGAUCAGCUCUAUAGGACCAAAUGAAUAUGUGCACUGCUUCAUGUGACAAUGGUGACCUUGGAAUAUAGAAGAACUUGGGAGUUACUGAGCAUUCCCUGGGUCUACAAGGAUGAAAAAGCACACUGACGAAUGUAGAAUCUGGGGACAUUUGAAGAUGACAGAGCAACUCCCCCUUGUCACCUACCUCUUACAGAAUGUCUUUAAAGGCAUCAUAAUCAUUUUCACCCAUAAUACACAGUAGCUUAUUUUUACUGUUUGUAAAUAUUUUCUCAGUUGGUAUGUCACUUUAUAUCACCUGGUUCUAUUAAAAUGUCUAUGUUUAUAUUUCUAUAAAAAAUGUGUUUGACCAAAGUAGGUCUGCAGCUAUUUCAACUCCUUUCAGUUUCCAGAAAAAGCUGUGGAUGUUUUACUGGAAAUUAAGAACUUGCUGCUGUUUUAACAACAUUUAGUAUCUUGUCUGACUACAGGAGAUACAAUUUUCAUUAAAAAAAACAAUUCUGAUGGCAAGCAUCUUUUGAGAAAUUCUAAAAAGAAAAAAAGAUCUCAGUGUGUCUAGUCAUUGACAUAUGCAGAUCCAUUUACUUAAACUUUGACUGCCUGCACUUUUUUGGGCAGUCAAUCAAAUUAAUAUGUAAUUAGUAUAUAGACAUAGUGUUUGCCUGUGUAUGUGUGUGUGUGUGUGCAUAUGUGAUCAGUAUUCAAGAGUCUAAAAAUCAGGAUUUUUGUGCUGAAAUUUGAAAGAAAAAUUAACAUAAUUCAAUGUGUUUUCAACUUAUAUUCUCCUGACUUCAUACUCUUUCUGUUGCUCCCAUCACAUCUCACAAUGUGUGAUAUACAUACAAAACACACAGCCAAGAAUUUUCUGCCAUGUCCAACAUCCUCAAUACUGGUAUACCUCUUACCAGCAAGCCUUCAAUAUGUGUUGACUUUAACUUGUUUGUUUUAUUCAAAGGUUCUGUAAGACUGACAAUGUUUUGGACUUGUUAUUGACCAUUUAAUAGGAAUAUUAAAGAUGACUUGGUAGUUGGCCACCUCUAGAAGUAGUUACCAUCAUUAAUGUGGUUAAUGAAAAGAAAAAAAGUGAUUAACAUUAAUAAGACUGUUUCCACACCAUAGGCAAUACUUUCUUAGAAACAAUUUUAAUGCAAGUAUAUUUUAUGCUAAAGUUUAUUUUUAUUUAGAAACCACUUGGUUGUAUCAGCAAGUAUUUGAGUGAUGAAAUGUAAUGAUUUUCAUAAAGUUGGGAUUUUUAUUUAUAUAGUCUGUUCUAGGUAAGUUAUACAUUUGAAUAGUUACAGAUUGAAUUUUUUUUAAUAAUCAUUGGUAUAAAAAUCUCUUUAGAUGGUAAAUUCUAUUCCCCCUUCCAAGAUUAGAAAACUGAGGUUUAUCAUUUUAUUGGAAUUAUUUUUUCUUUAUGAAAUACCACAAAGCCAAUUUUUUAAAAUAAAAUUUUAUAAUAAUCAUACCAAAAGUGCCUAUUGUUAAAGACUUGCAUGUAUAGAUUUGGGAACCAUUCUCUGCGUUCCAUUACGCUCAUGAGAGUUUAUUUUUAUUAUAAAAUACUUUUAAUAUAAGAGAAUUAUAUCAUUUCUCUCACAUAGCAUACUCAUUUCAGUAGGCCAAAAAAUGGAUGCUACACUGUUUUAAGUAUGUACUUUAAAAAUUAUUUUGAAAUUAAGCCUAUACAAUACUGGUAAACUAUAUUUUAUGAAAAUCACCACGUAGCAAGGACAGGGAACAAGGAAAUAGUUUUGUUUUGUUUUGUUUUUAAUUACAAAUACACUGACUAUCUGUGCAAAGAGAAUUAACAGAGAGGAAAUGUUACUUUCUAAAAUUUUGAAAAUAGUUUUAAUCAAGUAACUCAAAUGUGAAAUUUAUUUUCAUCUUUCGUGAUUACAUAGCCCCAAUAACAUUAAAAAGUAAUUGAAGAGCUAAUAUGGUAGUCUCCUACUCUGCUUCUCUCUAUUGUAUUUAUCGAUAUUUAAUAUGAUUUAUGAGUGAUUGAUUAUUCUUUAAAAUAAUGAAAUUUUCCACUUCUUGUUGAAGUAGUUCUAGAUAGUUUAGAUUAGAUAAACCAUGAUUUUAAGGAGUUUACUCUUUUUUGUAUAACUAGAUUGACUGAGGAAUGUAUGUCUAAACAUUCGAGAAAAAUGGUGGACUAGAAGUCAAAAUUCAGAGAAAUGGAGUGUAAAGUGGAUAUGAAGAAUGACACGCACAGGGAAAAUACUAACAUUCUAAUUCUGUCCAGUUUGACUUUGUACUGUCUUUCACCUUUUCAUAGUUGCAUCUUGAAUAUAUUUUAAAAAAAUCUAGGAUUCAAGAUGCUAGGGUCUACUUCUCAAAAAUAAAUAUGUAAACAAAAAUGCUCAGGUUCACAAGGAUCUAAUCUCACUUACAUAACUAAGUGCCCAUAAUGUCAGUACAAAAGGAGCUCAGAGGAAAAUAACGUUUCUUCUAGAACAGAAAAGAAGACAUGAUCCCUGCCUUGUUGUUGUUUAGAGGUAAAAGGGUAUCAUUAUAAUUUAUUCAACAAAUCCCGUUUCAUUUGCCUUCCUGUGGAAACAGUUUUAUCCCAUUUAACUAAGAAUUAAGGGAUAAAUCACAAACAAUAAAAAGUUGCAGCACUGAAAAAAAGUAAUUUAUUGUUUUUGCAACUGGUAUGUGAACUUGUGUGAUAAAAUUAUUUAUUCUUAUUUAACAAAAAUAUGUGCAAAUUCUUCUAUAUUUAAAAUGUUUUGCUGUUGUCCUACUUUUUAAUUUAUGCUUUAUGUUUGUGUAUAAAGUAUACUUUGUGAGUUUACAUAUUAUACGGCACUGGUUGCUUUUGUAUUUUUUUACAGAAAGCUUUCUGCAUGAAACAGGUGUAUAUGUGUAUAUUCCUCAUGUAUCUUUAUUCUGAUACUAUCACUUCUCUUUCUAAGGAUAUUUUCAAUUUAAACUGUCAUGACUAGUAGUGUUCAUUACUUGUAGCUAUGUUAACAGAUCUUUAACAUCCCAUUAACAAACACUGUUUUUUCCAAGUCACAGGUAAGAAAAAUGCUUAUUGAAUCAAACAUGGUGCAAGUUUGAAACUUGGUGGAUACAUAGCCUAGAAGCUUCCCGUAGACACUAAGCCAUAAUCAUAAGUCAAGGUUAUUCAGUUCACUAAUAAACGUGAAUAAAGAGCUGUUGGUGAUAGGAAAGUUGCAUGUAUAAAACCUCCAAUAUAAAUGAUAAUAAAACCAAAUAUUUUCUUUUGCUGCUUGAGAAACACUCCUUAAACUUAAUAUUAUUCAGACUCUAAUGUCUGUAGAAUUCUAUAAAACAGCACAAGCAAAGCAGAUGUGCAUGAUUCAGAUGUUGGAAGACAUUACUAUUUCCAUAAAUAUGGGGUGCCCAGUAAUAGAAUGUGACUUUGUAUUACUAAAAUUCAAGUCCGUGAAAUGUUGAUGCGACUUGGGACAGCAGGGAUACUGCUGAUGGCAUCAGCUUGCCUCCGACUAUGAAUUCUCAGUCUAAUCCCAGCAACAAGACAAAGUGGGCCUACAGCACGCUCUACCAUGUCUGCCAGUUUCUGAUGUUUCCUCAUUUGCUCCUUUUUGUUAACAGGAUCACCGUAAUAGCUUAGAUGAGGACAGCCGCCAGAAUCAGAAGUCCAGGGUUUGUGUUGUCUUAGAGUUCACACUUUGUGAUAUAAGAUUGAAUUUAAUAACAACCACAUUUUGCUGGCAGUCUAGGACUCAGUGUGAAACCUCAUUGACAUAAUUGCUGAUGAUUGCCAGUCUCUUUAUGGUUACACUUGAGACCAUGCAAAUAUAUUUCUGAAUAUUUUAAAACCACAAAAUUGGAAAAAACGUGAGUAUUGAAAUGUAGUUAUACAAAGAUGCAAUAGAACCAAAUUCGAGGUGCUUUAUCAUUUAGUCACACGGAGAAAGAACUUGUAAAUUUUACUAUUAUUUUUCUUAUCUUCCAGCUACUUAUAGUUUUAGAAAAACAAACAGGUAGAUUGACUUAACUGACUAGUCCACUGAAGGAAAACAAUCUUCCUAAUAUUUCUCUGCUAGCAUGAACUAAAAACUGACAUCAAGUUACAUCAUCAUGAAGCACAUAAGUCUAUAAUGCAUGAUGUGUUCUGUUCAAUUGGUGCAUGAAAACACAUUGCCAUACAAAACCGUGCAGUAGUCAGCCACAAAAAGUCAAUAUGCAGAUGGUAUUCAGAUCAGCAAAGCAUUCCAUUUGGUAAAUACCUCUUUUGGGCAAUGAUAUUCUCAGUGCAGGAUUUUCGGGAAAAAUAAUGGAACGUGCUAUUAGAAGACAUUGGUGUUGAUAAGGAAUUAGACUUUAACAUGACGUUAGUUAACCCAGUUUAUUGCACCCUACUAAUAUACCAGCACUUUAGUAAUUAAGUUUUCUGUUAAAAAUACCUAUCUUGACUCCACAAACUAGACCAUGUGGACUGCCUAGAUCAAAUGAAAAAAUAAAUGGUGAUUCAUUGUCCUAUAUGGAACUGCCACAUCAAAGUGACCCAAAGUCUAACACUGUGAGGAUAACUGUGAUUUUUAAAUAAUUAAUAUUCCUUUGGCACAUCCAAUGAAUAAUUGUAAAUGUUACUGAGGUGCUAACAUCUUCAAUGAUCAACUAUUAAAUGUGGUAUUUCUGAAUUACUAAUUUUUUCCUAUGUGAUUUUAUAGUUUUCAAGUACUUGUAAGCUCUGUGUCAAGGUUGGGCACAACUUGAUAUUCAGAGUUUAUGAAAUAAGCAUGUUCAGUGAUCAUUCCAAUCAACAGUGGUCCGUGAGAUAAACGUGUACAUCUGAGGACAUUUAAGGUGCCAUCAAACUUGAAGAGCAUCAGAUCAGAGAAGCAGAGCUUUAUAUGAGUCAUAUUUCAGGAUCUAUUAAGGCCUCAUCCUCAUUCACACUUGUAUAUAUUUGGCCUGAGGUUUUUGGUUUUUUUUAAGCUUUGCAAUAUUUUAUGAUCAUAGUAAACAAUGACUGUAUCUCAGCCUUUUGUUUAACAACUCAUGAUAUAUGAGAAACAUUUCUGCCGGGACUGAAAAUAUAUUUAGAAUAAAGAUUCAUACUAAGUGCAACUUUGUGAGACUAAAGUUUCUACUAAGGAAUAUAUAGUGUCUAGAUGGCAUUUUUGCAUUACACACUCAGGCAUGAAAAACAUUAUUCGUUCAUCUUGCUACAGCUGGGAGUUGGCAAACACUGCUCACAAUUCAGGGUGGCGUGUCAGAGGAAACCAAGCACAUGCUUUGUGAAUAGACUUUGCAGAUAACUAGACAGAUUGCAGAAGUAUGUUCCGUUUGAUGUAAGCAGUGUCUCAAAUAUUUGAUUUUUAUAUUAGGGUGUGUGAAUGAAGUAAUAAGCUUAAGAAGGUAUAACAAAGACUUUUUUAAAAAAAUCUUUAAACAUGCACUCAUAGUAGAAAAACAUACUGAAGAUUUAUAUACUGUAUAUAAGGUGUAAAAUGUAAACUACUUAUUAUUCUCAGUUUUCCAGAAGUGAUGACAAACCCAAAAUCUUGGAAAACUAAGACGGGUCUUGUGUUAAAUGAAUGUCCGGCAUUGGCAAACUUCAAAUCUGAAUCACCUAUUUAAAGCAUUACUGUGUCUUGUAGCCUACAUUCCACAACAGCUCUGUUAUUCAGGUAGAUCACUUGAACUGAGCCGUUUGGGACGUAUACUGUAAUAUUUUUCAUUGAGGAACAAUAUCUUAUUCUGUAAAGUAUUUUCCUAUGUGUGACUUUAAACUGUAAAAUGAAACAUUGGUUUUGUGGCUCCAGUGGGAAUAAUAAAUGUAAAUUGUAAACUAGGUUAAAAUAUGUACCGCAUAUAGUAUGUUUUAGAGUUGGAAACUGUUGUCCAUUUAUUUUUAAUUUUCUCAUAACAGUGGUAGUUCCAAGCCAGGUCUCAAGAAUCCCCUAGUCUCUCUGUAAUUUCUGUUAUCUCUCAUCCACUUUGGCAUAGACAAUUUAUACUUUCUCAUUCUUUGUCCAAGUACUGUGGAAAUAUUGUUUCAAGCUCUUCUUCCCAGACUAUCACCCUCUAAAAAUCUCUCUAUUAUUGAAAUCUGGAUGUUCGAUUUGAAACAGCAAGCAGCAUAAUCUACUGCUUAAUUUUCAUUGUUAUAUAUAAACUUCUUCCAGAUAUAAAUGAGUCACGAUAAUGCAAGCAUAGAAAUUUGAAAAUACACAAAAAAUAAAAUUCA